AUGAAUAUAACAAUUAUAGUAUUAAUUACAAUUCUUCUUAUUGCACAAGGAAAAAGACACAUAAUAGAAAAUAAGAUGCAUAAGAAGCAAUAAUUGGAGGGAGGCAUUAGUUGGGAAUCUCCAGAGAGUUUCCACAAUGAUGAAGAUUAUUAAAAAGCAAUUGAAAAGGCAAGACAUGAAUUCCAUCAAGUGUGUCAUUUAUCAGUUGAUAUCACUUGGGUUAGAGUCGACAAGGUGGGUUUCCAGAUUGUGGCAGGAGUAAUGUGGUGGGUAUGAGAUCAGUUUGAUUAUGUAAUUUAGUUAGAAGUUGAAUUGAGUGACGAUAAAGUGUAUGAGAUGAAGGUGUAUUAAGAAUUAGAAGGAACUUUUAAGUUAGUAGAGUGUUCCAAAUGACAU